GCACGGACGCACACACGCGCACAGCUGACGGUCGCCUGGCAGGGAGGCUCGAGGAGGCGAGGUCGACUACCACACACACAGAGCCUUCACGUCUUUUCCUCACUUCCUGUGACUCACUCAGUUCCUCCAUGCCUUGCUGAGGGAGGGAAUAGCACUUGGAGGAAUCAAGUCCGCCAGGUAACACAGGUGAGGCCCGACAGGUUCGCGUCAGCCAUGGAGCAAGAGGUGCUAAUUCGAGUGACAAACUCCUCUCCCUACAAAGCUCCCCUGAAGAGCCAUUCCUUCAAAACAACAAAAUGGAGAAGAAGAUCGGCUGAAGAAUUGGAAGCUCUAUCACUCAGCACCCUACGAGUACUGAAGAAGGAACUCGAGAAUAUUGCUCAGGAGGCCUCUGGAGAGCUGGUAGGACUCUUACAGGAACGACAGGGUUUACAGGAGGAGGUAGACAUAAGGUCCAUUACCAUUGAGCAGCUACUUAAAUUUGCCGAGAGACGACAAGUUCAGCUCAGGGAACCGCUGGCAAUACAAAUGAGUGUUGUAAGAAACCACCAAGAGGCAAAUGCUGAGAGUGGAUUAGGGUAGCAAAUAUUACGAGGCUAGUACCAAGUGUGCUAGGCUAGUCAUGGCGAGAAGCAGAUAGAGAUAUGGAGAGACUUGUUUUUGCCAUGAUAAGAGGCCAGUAGGAACGUAGCUCUCAUGCUAAAGUUAGGUACAACAUUUUGAAAAAUUACAAUGAAGUCCGCUGUAUUUCUGCUAAAAUAACUUUUGUAAAAUGAGAUUUAUUCCAAUUUGCUAUGUUGAAAUAAAAAGAAUUUGCAUAUCAAUGAUAUACACUUACUGAUAUUUAUGUGUGGUUUGCCUUUAUUCCAUGUGAUAGGAAUUGUGCUGGUAGUUUAACUUAGUGUAAACACUUUUCCACUAGAACCAAGUUUUGUAAGUACAUUCCUUUGGCUACUGGAUAUUUGUUUGUUAUUGUUGUGUGAUAGAUGAAUGUGUGAAUGUUUGUUUUAAUACCUGUUUUCAUUGAUGAUAUUUCUUCAUUAUUCUUUGAACAUUUGUUUCUAACACAUGUGACUCGUGUAAUAUAAGAAAGUCAUGUUUCAGAGACGAGAUGAUUUUAGUAUUACUAGUUUUUUAAAGACACUGUUAAAUACACACACUUUUCCUGGAGUAGAUAGCAGAAGACAUUGCUGUAUAUAUAAAACUUUAAUGCCCUCCAUUGUCAGAAAUAGGAUGACAAAUUUUGUUAGUCACCAUCACAGUUUUUCUAUUAUUUUGACAGCAAGAUAUUUUUAGAAUGCCUAUUUUCAAUAUUUACUAUUUAGCCCUAAGAUUUUCAUCACUGUAAUAUGCCCCAAGGAAUUUGAGUUAACGGUCAAGUUUGAUAGGGUAUAUACUCGGAGGUAGGUAUAUUUUGAAGUGGUUAUUGCUAUCUUUUUGAAGAAAGCCUUUUAACCAGCUUAUUCAUUCAUAUUUGUAAUCAAUAUAAAAUAUUCAUAAAUGACAGGUAUCUUCAUAAAUUGAUUCAUUGAUGUUAGUUAGACUUUAACUGUGUAAUUGUACAGUAUUCUUCACAUGAAUGCUAAAUGUAUUUUGAUAAGGCCUGUCAUAGUGACACAUUUUUUGUGAAUGUGUAUGAGGGAUAUCAUGGAUUAUUAAUGAUGUAUUAAAGUUGGGUUAUCUAAGAAAUGUAUACAGAUCAUUAUAACCUGAAAGCACUUGCAAAACUAGACCUUUUUGACUCAGAUUUCUUUGAACAUAAAUUUGUAGUAGUACCAGCACAGUAUAGUAACCAAUGAAGUGAGACAUCUUCACUGUUGCAGUGCUUUACGAGAAACACUUCACCUAAAUAGGGAAUCUUUAUACUAUCACUAAAAAUGUAUGGGCUUUUUACAUCCUGUAUUUAUCUCACUGAGAAAAGAUUCCCAUGCUUGCAUAUCCUCUCCUUGUGUACUGCAUGUAGAUAGAUGUCUUCUCUUUUGUUUUGUGUAUAGUAAGUAGGCAUCAAAGAUUAAAAGAAAGAUCUGUUAGAAAGUUUCUGAUUAAUGAAAGGGUUUAGAAUACACUAGAUUGAAAUUGCUACUCUGAAUCCUAAUAUAAUAUUUGGCAACUUGCAAGACAUGUAUUCUGGUAUAUAUUAUGGGAAAUUAGUGGGAUGUUGUAUGAGAAAAUGUCAUUUUUUAAUUUUCAGCAAAGACAAAUUCUCUUUGAUGUAUGUCACUUUUAGAAAUCCAGGAUGGCUCUCUUAUACUCAGGUAGCCUGAAGGGAGAGUGAUUUUAAUGAGAUAACAAUCUAUUCGUUUCUGAUUUUUAUUCUUUCUGUUUAGUUUUCCUGUUGGGUAUCUGUGCCUACUAGGAAAGAAAAACAUUUCCUUUUUUAUGAUAAUCUUUCUUGUUGAUAGGAAAUAUAUGAAUCAUUUUCACAAUUUGACUAAUAAAAGUUAUUUAAUUAUAAUGAGAAGAUAUAUAUUCAUUUAUAUAUAUAAUUAGUAGCAGCUAUGAUCAUGUGUAUAUAUAUAAAUAUAUAACCUUUUAAAAUCUAUAUCUUGUUCACAUACAUUUUGAUUGCUUUCUAAAAUGUUAAUCUCACAUAUGAACAGAAAAAUGCAAAGUGGAUUUGUUUCUUUUUUAUGACAUCAGUAAUGAUUGCAUUAAAAAAAAAUAUAUAUAUAUGUAUAUUUUUUAAGAUAUUCUUCUUUUUUCUUUUAACUUUCUUAUUACGUAAAAACAUUAUUUAUCUUAUGGCUUCAUGUACCAGUAGUUUCCUCCUUGGUGUGAAACUAGUAUCCUAUCUGAAUAAUUGUAUGAAAUGCAGUACUGAUACUUGUUUUGACUUUUUGUUCAUAGCCAAAGAAUGUCAAUUAAUAGAAUGUAUACUCUUGAGUGGAAAUGUUUUGUGUAGCUGAAUUUUGAGCAGUUACAUUAUGUGGUAGUACAGUAUGCUUUUCUGUAUUUUUUUGGUUGUGAUAUCUGGCAGUAUUUAUUCAUCUUAUUAUAGGUUUGAAUUGAUGGUUUGACAAGAUGUUAAUGGGCAUUAAACAUGACAUUUUGGUUUAACUGAACAUUUCUAAUACUGUGUAUGUGAUGUUUGUCAUUCAAAUUUUGUAACUUCCUCUCUUUCUGAAGAGAUCUACAAAUAAAUAACUCUUAAUGUGUUUGGUAUAAGAAUAUUUGUAGGUAAUGCUUUAUCAAUAUUAAAAGUCAUCAUUAAUAUGGCAUGUAUAUUAGUAGGACUUCUGUAAGCCAUUAGACCAAUGGAGCACGUGUCUGUUUAACAUGUGGCUCUAAGUCAAGUUGGAACCAUCACACCAGCGAGGGCCUAGAUGACGAUUAUAUCUGACUUCGUGUGACCCUUCAGUUUAAAGACUUUUCAUUGCUAGAUAACUCUUUCUGUCUUUAUGUAAGUACUCAGUGUUUUUCUUUACUGUAAAAAUAUUCUUUAGAGGAUUCAUUUAUUAAUAGAUCUUCAGAAUGACUUGAGUGUAUUUAUAUAUUGAGUUUGAAUGUAAUGUUUUUAGCAGUAUUCACAAAGUGAGUAAAUUACAAAAUAUGAAAAAUCUAAUUUUGUGAAAAUAUAGUUAAUUGUGAAUAACAAGCUAUUUUGAGAUAUGUUCACUAAUGAUAGAUAAGGAAAACAACUUUUAAGGUAGUUUGUGUAUGUUGAAAUACUUGAAAAAUCAAUAAAAAAGACAUUUGGUGGUUGUGGCAAGUUGUUUUAGUGCAGUUUGGAAAUUUAUAUACAAUUUAUUAACUGGACAUUGGAUUGGAGUGCAUGUGUAUGUUAUACAACUGAUAUAUAUCAGUGAACAUGUCUUGAAUGUAUUCACAUUCACAUUGAAAGAUUAUAAUUUGUUAUUUUUCUGUAAAUCUCUGGCCCAGUAUUAUUCAUAUUAUAUCUUAAUGUAUUUUAAUGAUGUAGCUAUAUUUUCCUUGAAUUCCAUUCCAUUCCAUUUCCCCACUGAGAAAAGAUGACAAGUUCAGCAUUCAUCGUUUCGGAUCAAUUUCUUUAAGCCUUUACAUUAUUUGAUGAGCUUAUCCAGGCAGCAGCUGAACUCUUGAUUACUGUAGACAAAAAAAUCAGGUAAGUUAGACUUUACACAAUAAAUUAAGCAAGUAGAACUUAUGCAGAAAGGACUGGCAGUGAUUUUCAACUAAGAUUAUGUCAGUUAUCUCUUGCCACAUUAUGCAUUGUCAUGCAAGAAAUUAAAUACAUUUUUAUUGUUGAUUAGUAAAAAAUAGUUUUUUUUUUUUUAUUUAACUUUUACAUAAUUGUUUUCCAGUCUGAUAAUGCUAUUAUUUGAUAUUAUUUUCCAGUUAAUAUGUUUUCUGUAUGUAAAAUAUUAAUUGUGUAUACCUCCAUUUAUAAUUUUCAUAUCCAAAUAAAAUGUUCAAAUUUCAAUGGACCCUUUCUGUAAGAAAAUUCAAAUUGUAGAUCUGAGAGACACUUGGUUAAAAUGUAUGCAAGUAUAUUUUGUUGGGAAAAGGUCCAAUUUCAUUUCUGUAUGAUUAGUACUAUAAUUUCAAAAUACUUUUGUUGUUCAUUUAUGCAGAUGACUUAAGUAUGUCGUCAUGUUACAAACAUUUGAUUGUGUAGUAUGACAAAACAGAACAGGACCAGCUUCAAAAGGUGUCUGUGUUGUCAUUCACACAAGACAUUUCAAGACAAUAAAGAGCUUUAUUUGAAUUAUGUGAUGCAAAUUAAGGUAAUGCUUUCUUUGCUGAAUGUAGUAGUUUUAGUAAAGUAAUAUGAAUACCAAAGGUUCUGUCUGUGAUAAAAUUUUCAUACUGCAGGGCCUUUGCCACUCUUUUUGAAUCACACCUUUAUACUGUAUAAAAGUACUUUGGUGCAUCCUGCGUCCAGCUUUCAUUACAUGAUUUGCCUUUAGAGCCAAGUAGACAGUAAAGAAAUAAUUCAAUUAGAACUACUCAUUGACAAUAGACAACGGAUAUCUGAUGUGUGUUUAUAGUUAUAUUUGCUAAUCUAAAGGCCUGUCCAUGCAAGUGGGCACGAGUGGAGAAUUUUUUUCUGAAAAAUUUCUGAUGUCAACAUCUAAGGUGUAUUCAAAAUAUAGUAAUAGGGAGAGGCUUUUUUUUUUUUUUUUUUUUUUUUUUUUUUUUUUUUUUUUUGUUCAUAAGGGGAUGUUUGUGGAUUCCCAGAAUGGUUAAAGGUUAAAACAAAUGUGCUAGAUAUCAUAGGUCAUGAAGCAUUAUGGUAAAGUAUGAGGCAAAAAGGUUAUAGAUGAAUUUACAAUUUGGAUAGUUGGACAGAUUAUGAUGUUGAAAAGAAAGGGGGGGGGGGGGGGGGGGGAAACAAAAUCAUGCAAAAUCAGUUGUGGGGAGGGCCAAGUAGGGGUGAUCCUUAACUUUGGGUCUCAGUCACUGUCUCCUUAGCCCCUCCACAAGAAGAAUGUAGAGAUGUUAUAUAUAUAUAUAUAAUUAUCUGCUGAUGUGUCUUGUCAAUUGUACCCAUCUACACAGGUAAGCAUGACUGGCAGGCAACUAAAGGUGACGUCAACAGGUGAGAAAACAAAAAUUAGUUGUUUGCCAAGUAGUUUGUCCACCUGUGAUGUUGCCUCUAUUCGUGCUCGCCCAUAUGGAUAGGCCUUCAAGAUAUGCCCAUAUAGAAAAAAGCUACUUUUGAACCAAGCUUACUAUAGAGAAAAAAUUAUCUUACACUUUCAUGUAUCUUCAGCCUAGACAUUGCCCUAGCUGUAUUGUGUUCAGUAAUGUUGACCAACAAUAAAGAAAACACUGAUCAAAAGCCAGUGCAAAGAAAGGCAGUUGUCAGUGAUAUAAUUUGCAAACGUAAUGUGUGCCUCCCCUAAUAAGUCAGGAAAUGUAUUUGUCAACCUGAAUUUUGAUAGAAUGUUCAAGCCUGUAACUAGCAAAUAAAAAUACCCAUCAUAUUUCUACACUGUAGGACAGUUUAUAGACUACUUUUCCAAAUACCUGUACAAGUUAUUGUGUAAAUUUUGAAAAUUGUGUGAUAAAAAAUAAAUAUGGUAAAGA